AUGGCAUCCUUCGAAUAUUUGCAUCAUCGCAAGUGCCCAGUGCCCAGUGAGCAGUAUCCAGUGAGCUCCUUACUGGGCACACUCGUGCUCUUUAGCUUCAGCUAUCCACACAUCCUCAAGUGUCAUUCCUCAUUCCUUGUAUCUCCAGUUGAUAUUAACCCUUCUCUCAGUAUGUCAGACAAUUUCCAACAUCCAUCUCUACUUGGAACUGCAAACUCACCACAGCUCUCUGUUCCUGUGGUGAGUGAUGCGACUUCUCUAGCAGGAAAUGUCUACAUCCUCUCCGGAGCCUCAACUCCAGCCUUCACUUCAACAUGGCCACUACCAUCCACCUCUGGCAUCUCUUUUCAGCCACUCACGGGUACUGCCUAUCUUUAUCAACAUUCUAGCACACCCAUGCUGACAGGCGUUACUGGCCAGAACCACAGCUGCACUUCAGCUUCCUCCUGUCCCAGUACUUUUGAAAGGAAGUACACAGGACACACUAAAAAGAAGUCAUCUGAACUUAGAGACUUCACUGUGACUCUCAACCAGGGCACAGCAUUCCCUUCAAUGGCUGUGACACCACGAUAUGUGGAUGCCAAUGCCAUAGUCCCUCUGUAUCCAUCACUGUCUGGCAGCCUGGUUCAGGGGACAUUAUCUCAGAUUCCACAUCAAGAGAGUAGCAUAUUACUUCCCUACCAACCAAGAAACCAGGUUUACUACUAUAAUCAAAACACUAUGGGUCCUCUGUUAUUUGGAGAGCCUGGUCCCUGCCUGCAAUCAUAUGGCUCUGUGACCUACACAGGGAGUGGGUUCUUUGCUCCUCAGCCAGAAAUAGUGAUGACACUCCAAGAGGUCCAGCCUACAGAUGUCUUACCACCAGUCUCCACUUCUGGAAUCUACUACUCUGUGUCUGCUCAACCUAACACAGAAACCAAUUUCCAAGAUCUCAAACAAUCCAAUGUGUCUACUAAAACCGAUAUCAAAGGUACAGAAACCAUCGAUGAGAUUCUCCUCCAGGAAAACUCAAUGGUCACUAAGCAUUCCACUGAUCAAGUCCAAAGGAACAAGCAUGAAGCCUUGGAAAGUGUGGAUGGAACUCCUGAGGUCAAAGUCGAAUGCCAGCCCCCAGAGCUCCUGCUGGAGGAAGAGGUGACUGUGUGCACCAUCCCAUCCAGUGACCAGGCUUCCGUGAACACAGACAAGCAUUCUGACAGCAAAUCUCCAAAAGCUGCAUCCAGCAAGGUCAGCAAAACUAAGAGCCAUGCACAGAAAGAGACCAAAAGGAUCAGGGAGAACCACCCCAAGAAAUGUGAUGAAACCAAGCAGCCAGGGAACAAAAUCAAAAAAGAAGAAAAGACAAGCAUUCCCAAGACCAAGCACAAGAGAAGUCACCCUGAGCUUAGCCAAGAGACCUUCAAAAGGCCUCGAACCAACCUAGGCGUGCAGAUGUGGGAGUCAGUGCAGGUUUUCCAUGCCCUAGGGAAGAAAAGUGAGAAAAAAAAGGAGCUGCCUUCCCCCAAGGCCUUGAGAAAUGCCAGCAGCACACAAGAAACCAAGUCCACUCCAGCUGUGAAAUCUCGGCUGGGUAUUCCCCAUGAGGGCAAAGGCCCUAAAAUUACUCAAGUCAAGAAAAGGGAUAGGAGUGAAAGCCAGUGUCCAUCACCAACCCAGGAUGAGCUGCCUCCACCUGGGAAGGUCAAGCUGGUUCCUUUGCCUUUUCUAGCCCCAGAGAAGCCUCAAGCUCGACCUGUUUCUCGCAGGCCACAGUCUCUGGCCUCCCGGAGACCCACUGUACCUUACCGUGCUCUCCCUUGUUCUAACACAGCUCAGCCUACUCCAGUCAGCCGAUCUCAACCAGCUACUGCCAACACAUGCUUCAUAGAUUCCACCAAAACAUCACAGCCAAUUGCAACCAAAACAAUCAAACAGGGAUUGACCACCACUCCCCAGCCUAGUGUGUCUCAAUCUACUGUUGCUAGGCCUGAACCUUACAAAACAUCAUCUUCCACUUCUCUGCAGCAGAAGCCUGUGUCAACUUCUGGGACCAAGUUCCAGUCACCACCUAAACCUCAAAGCCAGUAUCUACUCCAAGACUUCAGCCGCCAACCAAUUCCAUGGAGGAAACCUGAUAUUCCUGGGCCAGUUGUAUCAAAUCCCAUCACCAAGGAGCAGAGGCCAGAGCGUGAAGCCAUGAAAAGGCGGGCCCAGAAAGAGCGUGAAAUUGCUGCUCAAUACACUGCUUUGGGGAAACUGCAGUUUUUUGCUCAGAGGCAAAGAGAUAUGGAAGUUUCUCAGUAUUACGGCUAUGUAAUGUGCUGCUUUCCUACACCAUUCCCAGCAAAGGAAGUGGACCAGCAAUCUCUUCUCCUGGAGUCCAUUCCAGGAGAAUCCCAGGGAAACAGGCAUUUGCGCAUGCACAGUCGCUGCACUCACGCUGCAGGGGCCUGUGUUCGACUUCUGUGCCCACAAGAGGCAGAGCUGGAGAGGGACUGGGUGAUGGGGACUGAGAUAGGACAGGAAAAGAGAAUAGAGUAUGACAAUGACAUAGUAUGGAGGAUCUUUGUGGGAAAAUUACUAAGCUGUGUUUAG